GCCAGCUUUCUGUUUUGGUUGCCUGCCAGCGGCCGUCUGGAAGGGGAGGGGGACCUCGUCUGCCUUCCGCUUCUGGGCUGGAUUGACACACAAUGAGGAGCAGAGGCCGGGGAGACGCUCCACAAACGCCGCUGUAAAUAAAUACAACAAUCACGGAGGCCGGAGGGAACAUGGAGAACCAGUGCACGGUGCAGGUAAAGCUGGAGCUAGGCCACAGAGCUCAGCUGAGGAAGAAGGUCACGUCAGAAGGCUUCACCCACGACUGGAUGGUCUUUGUCCGAGGGCCCGAGACCGGCGACAUCCAGCACUUUGUAGAGAAGGUCGUCUUCCGCCUGCAUGAGAGCUUCCCCAAGCCCAAGAGAGUAUGCAAGGAGCCUCCGUACAAAGUGGAAGAGUCGGGCUACGCGGGCUUCCUCAUGCCUAUUGAGGUUUACUUCAAGAACAGGGAGGAGCCCAAGAAGGUUUGUUUCAACUACGACCUGUUCCUCAACUUGGAGGGCAACCCGCCGGUAAACCACCUGCGCUGCGAGAAGCUCACCUUCAACAAUCCCACCAAAGAAUUCAGGAGAAAGCUGCUCAAGGCUGGAGGGGUGCUGGUGGUUCCUGAGGGGGCUGAAGCCGUAUCGAGACCCAGUCCGGACUACCCGAUGCUCCCCACCAUCCCCCUCUCUGCCUUCUCAGACCCCAAGAAGACCAAGACCACUCACCCGUCAAAGGAACCCGUCAAAGACGGAAGUGGUGGCGGCGGCAGCAGCAAAGGACCCAAACCACACAAGCUGCCGAAGGAUCACCGCGAGCGGCCGCGAAAAGACUCUGAGAGCAAAGCCACGUCCAAGGGAGACAACGACCGAGACGGGAGCAGCAAAAGCGGCCGCGAUCCUUCCUCUUCCUCAUCCUCGUCUUCAAAAAAGCCGUCGGAGAUCAAAGCGAAAGAUGAAGUUAAGGUCCUGCCCAAGGCGGCCUUCAAGGAGCCCAAACUCACCCUGAAGGAUCCGUCGAAGAUGGAGGGCAUGUCCCCCAAAGGAGGGGGGGCUGGGAGCGGAGGGGGCGGCGGAGGGGGAGGCGGGGGAGGGCCCGCAGAGUCCAAAGCCCCGGGGAAGCGACCCUCCGCCGUGGAGUCCCCCAAACCCAGCGCCAAGAAGAAGAAGAGCUCCGAGGUGCCGAAGGGGCCGACGAGCGGGGCCUUCUCAGGGACGUCUCCCCGUGUCUCGUCCUCGUCCGCGGCCGGCCAACCCUACGGCGAGAAGAAACACGGCAAGGACAAAGGACGCUGGCCCAAAAGCAAAAACGACGCGCAGGAGCUGAAGGAGCCCAAGAAGCCUCCGGAGUCGGAAGAGUCGAACUCGGAGGACGAAGCGUCGUCGAAGUCGGAGCAGUCGGCUCAGUCCAGUGCUUCCAACUCCAGCUCCAGUUCUGACUCAAGUUCAGACUCUGAUUUUGAGCCGGGGCAGAAACAAGGGCAAGGCCCGCUGAGGUCCAUGGUCGAGGAGAUUCAGUCAGAAGAGUCGGACGAUGACGACAGCAGCUCGGAGGAAGAGACGCCCAUCAAGACCAACCCUCCCAACCGUGAAUCUCGACUCAGCCUGGACAGCGAGAGUGACAGCAGUGACGGCUCGCACCGCCCCAGUCGAGACCCCGCCCCGCCCCCACAGAAACACAGCUCCUCCAACAACAAAGUGUCGGUCCGAAAGAGUCCAGACUCCUCGUUUCGCUCAGAGAAGGUGAUGAAGAAGGGAUACGACAAGGUAGGAAGGGCCUACACGGAAGAACUGGUGGACCUCCAUCGCAGACUGAUGGCAUUAAGGGAGCGCAACGUCCUUCAGCAGAUUGUCAACCUGAUCGAGGAGACGGGCCACUUCAACGUGACCAACACCACCUUUGACUUUGACCUCUUUUCACUCGACGAGUCCACUGUCCGCAAACUACAGAGCUACCUGGAGGCGACGGCCACGUGACAGGAAGUGGAAGCCGGCGUGUGGACGGUAGCGGCGGCGUCGGCGUCGUCAGAGGACGAGGAAGAAACGAGCCGCCCGUUCACAGGCCUGACUGAGACAUGGAACAACUACCACACAAACAGAAACACACAAACAGACACAAGCACACGCGAAGACACAACACCACCUUUACGUGACGCUGGGGAGAAAACUGGAGGAGGAGGAGGAGGAGCAGGAGGAGGAGGAGCAGGAGGAUUCGCUGAACUCUGUCUACAGUCAGGAUUUUCACUACACAUCUCUUGUCUUGAGUCUGUGCAGAGCUGUGGAAUUCACCCCACACCCACUCCCUCACCCUCCUGCACUCAUAUCGCUCCCGCCUCUGCAAACCUAAUACUUCCCCUCCUCCUCCUCCUCCUCCUCCUCCUCCUCUUCCUCCUCCUCCUCCCCCUUCACACGCACACUCCUUACUCGGCAGAACACUCCAACUCCCCCAACCCCCUCCUCCACCGUUGUCAGCUGGAGCUCAUUUCUCUCCCGACAUACUCUUGAGUUGCGUAUGUGUGUUGUCGUCUGUGCAUAUGUGUGUGUGUGUGUGUGUGUGUGUGUGUGCGUGUGUGCGUGUGCGAGCACUGCUGAGGUUAAAGCAGAGAUGUUGUCUUUGUGGUUACUGACUUUGUGAAGCUCGAGCACAAAGCCGGUUUCGUUCCUUCCCCGAGCGCACACUCGCACACACGCAUGCCAACAAAUAUACAGAUUCUGGUUACACUUUACUCACUUAACCCCCCCCCCCUCCUCUCAACAUCAAAUAAAUGACUAAAGGCACGUGUUACAUUGGCAAGAAAGAAAGAACGGAGAGUCGCACGUUGGUGCAGCUUCUCACCGUUCCGAUUCUUCUUGACGCAUUUGCAGGAAUUUAUUGAAUUUACCCCCACGUUCACAUGAGCCUUUAGAGGCUGAAAGAUAUAAGACACUAAAAACACCUGCAGAGCAAAGCUAGUUGCGUUAGGGCUCUCGGUUCAGACAGGAACCGCUUUUCAGGCAAAAAUCAUUUUCCGAAAAUAAGUCGUCAAUCUUGACGUUUGCGCCGACGCCGAAAAGUAAAAGAAAGAAGGGAGACGUGGUGCAGAUUAAAGGAAGUUUAUCACAACACAAUGUGCAAUGAAUGCAAAAAAAAAACAAACAAAUAAAAACGUUGGAUUAGGAACAAAAAAAAAAGUUUUAAAAAGUAUAAAAAAUGUCCCUUUAACCAAUGUUUGAAAGUUAUAGAACUUGUCUUUAUAGGAGAAAUUAAGUUCAUUAUGAUCUGUCUUUAUAAAUGGGGGAGGAGGGGGAGGAGGAGAUGGAGGAGGGGGGAGUAGGGGAGUAAAGUGGUACCCAGAUCCAUGCACAUGUUUUCCUCCCAGGUCCUUCCACUAAACACUGUACAUGAAGACACUGAGACAUGUGCUGUGUGUGUGUGCGCGCGCGAGGUUUUUCUGUUUCUGUCUGAACGUCCGAAAACACAUGUUCUGUUGAGUUUAACCCCCCCCUCCCCUUCCCCUUCCCCUUCCCCUUCUCUACAUCCUCGCACUGAAAGCUGAGCCUUGACCUCCUACCAAACAGCCCCCCGCCCCCUGCUCCCCUUCCUCCCUUCUCCGCUGAAGGCCCCUCACUCCAUCCCUCCUCCUCCUAUUCCCCCAUAUUGGCGUGCAUGAAAGGGCUCGACUGCUCGCGAACCGGAGCGGUGGAGGAUCACUCCUGAAUUGCCUUCUAAGUGGCGGGUAGGGUCGGGUGGGUGAGGGGGG